UUGACAUUCCUCAAGAAAGGGAAUUUCGUCGAACAAACUAAUUUUCCGCGUAUAUAAAUCCGCUGCGUAAAAUUGCAGUCUCAAAUAAAACUCGGCCUGAUUGGGCUCGGAUCAGACAACGUCAACAUAAAUACCUAAUGGAUGAUCUGGCUGUCGACGGAGGACGACAGCAGAUUGCUUACAGGUCUAGAUCGCCGUCUCUUGGGGAGAUUGAUAGCAUUUUCAGCGAUGAAAGCUCAAGCCCGAACAGUGUAGAUUCCGAGUGCAGUUUUGAAACGACGGAAAGCUCGUUGGAUGAGGAAUUGCAGGCAUCUGGCGAACGAACGGUCAGUCGACAAUCAUCUAUCGUCGAUGGCCUUUUGAACGAAAUCUACGAUCGAUAUCAUCAUGGAUCAAGGUCAGGUGAUAGCGACAAUGUGACAGAAUAUUCCACGACUUCAUUCUACAGCGGUUCAUUCGAGCUAGACGAACGUACACAAAGGUGGUCUCGCACACAAUUGAACAACAAAGAUGUGGGCGAAAUCCGUCGUGUUUUGGACGAAUUGAAUAGCUAUGUCACCCUUCUAUCAGGUCGCCUUGUCCGACAUCUAAAGAGACGUGACAAGAAUGCGUACAGACUGCAAAGAAAUUUCGAUGUGCUCACGGCAAUUCUUCAAGCUGUCUCACUUAAACGCCGUGUUGAUACAAAAAUCAAAUUUUCAUUCAUUCCACAAAGUGGCAAAAAAGGUUUUAGGCAGUGGUUGGACUCAUUCAAGGCAGUUUCAAGAUUGCCUCGUGGGGUUCCAUCAUCCUGGAGAAGAAGGCUGUGGUUAAUCUUGGCCGAAAACAAGCUCUCUCACUUGGACUGGAAGAAAACAUCGCAGUUCUGCUUCAAUGAAAGAAGUAAUCCAGAUGACGACAACCUCGGUGCUCAAAUUGUUAAGGAUCUUCAUAGAACAGGCUGCUCUUGGUUCUGUGAGUUCGAGACUCCCGAUGAGAGAGCAAUUUUGAAGCGAGUUCUACUGGCGUACGCUCGGUGGAAUAAAGGUGUUGGUUACUGUCAGGGUUUUAAUGUUAUGGCUGCAUUAAUAUUGCAGGUGAUGGACCGUUGCGAGGAAGAUGCGUUGAAGGUGAUGGUCUAUUUGAUCGAUUUUGUCCUGCCUGCAAAUUAUUUCUCGAACAAUCUUCGCAGCCUUUCCAUAGACAUGGCGGUGUUACGGGAACUCAUGACCAUAAAACUCCCGGAUCUUUCAGAUCAUCUGCAUUACCUUCAGCGCCAGGCCACAGCCCAGGACAACCUGGCGUCAAUCUCGUUCGAGCCACCAUUGACCAACGUGUUCACCAUGCAAUGGUUUCUCACCAUGUUUGCGACUUGCCUACCUGAGCAGCUCGUUCUUAGGGUUUGGGACUGUAUCCUUCUCGAGGGGUCCGAGGUGUUAUUGAGGGUUGCUUUGGCUAUAUGGGCGACGAUUGGAUUACAACUAGAAGAUUUAGAAAGCGCUGAUGAGUUUUACGGAGCAAUGGGAAGAAUUUUACCACAAAUACAAGAUGGGACAAUAAUCAGCGACACGUCACUUAUGUCCAUUUACGUACGCACGUACACAGUGCUGUUAAUUCGGGUUGGCAUUGGUUAAACAUUCAGAUGAAAAACUAGUGAAUGGUUUUUUGUACCGUAAUUCGUGUCACGCUCGUCAUGAAUCGUCGAAUGGUUACUUGAAUCUAUCGUCAGUACAGAAAAUAGUUAACUUUGACAUGAGAUUAUUCAUUCGUAGUGUUGUUAGGAAGAGCACUACUCUAUGUUAAGGAAUUCUUUGUGAAUACAGAUAGGAUUGAGACAAUUCAGAUUGCAUGACUUGGAAAGAAAAUAUGUAAAUUAAAACCAUUGAAAAGCACAGAUUUAUGUGCAGAUAUUUUAGGUGUAUGUUCCGGUAGGUGUAGUAUGUACUCAUAAUUUCCUGAAGACUCACACACUCAGUUUUUAUUAAUGGAGUGCUGUGAACUUUGCACGAAACAUCUUGUUUCCUGUGGCAAGAAACAAUAAGUAUAAAUACAUAUAAAUAAUCAGAGAGAUUUUGAGUGAGACUUGUGAGUGUGUUCAAUAAAAUUGUCGAAAGAUA